AUGAAGACUGUGAAAGGCUUCUGUGUCCUUUUUAUGCUGCAUCUAUGGUUCUUUGACUCUGGAAGGACUGGGAAAGUACUUGUAUGGCCCAUAGAUUUUAGUCAUUGGAUUAAUCUAAAAGUUAUUCUGGAAGAACUCCACCUUCAUGGGCAUGAGAUAACCAUCCUGGUACCUUCAACAAGUUCUCUGCUUGAUCAUACCAAGAUUCCCUUUAAUGUGGAGAUACUUCAACUUUCAAUAAGUAAAGAAAGUUUCAUGGAAGAGUUCAGUGCUGAUCUCUAUACACUUUCUUUUGAACUGCCGAAACUUUCAUGGUGGGACAGGCAAGUGAAACUGACAAAAGUUAUAAACAAUUUUUUCGCAUCAGCCAAAAGAGUAUGUGACAGUGCUGUCACAGACAAGGAUUUACUCAGCAGGCUACAGGCAGCUAAAUUUGAUAUCUGUAUUGCUGACCCUUUAAGCUUUUGUGGGGAAUUGGUGGCUGAACUCCUCAAUAUUCCAUUUAUAUACUCUUUUCGGUUUUCCUAUGGGAAUGUCAUUGAGAGAUUGUGUGCUAGGCUUCCUGUGCUGUCUUCAUAUGUUCCUGGCAUCACAUCAAGACUGACAGACAACAUGACUUUUAUACAGAGACUGGAGAACUGGUUAUUGUAUACAAUGAGUGAUAUGAUGUCUUCAUACUAUGCAUUUGCAGAAUGGGAUGAGUAUUACAGCAAGAUUUUAGGAAAACGUACCACAUUAUGUGAGAUUAUGGGGAAAGCUGAAAUGUGGUUGAUUCGAACUUACUGGGAUUUCGAAUUUCCAUUCCCUUACUUCCCUAACGUUGAAUUCGUUGGAGGACUGCACUGCAAGCCUGCAAAGCCCCUGCCUAAGGGAAUUAAGGAGUUAGAAGAGUUUGUUCAAAGCUCUGGAAAAGAUGGAGUUGUGGUGUUUACUCUGGGGUCAAUGAUCAAAAACCUCACAGAAGAAAAGUCUAAUGUGAUUGCAUCAGCCCUUGCCCAGAUUCCGCAGAAGGUCCUAUGGAGAUACACAGGAAAGAAACCAGAAACUUUAGGAGCCAAUACCCGACUAUAUGAGUGGAUUCCACAGAAUGAUCUUCUUGGUCAUCCCAAAACCAGAGCUUUUAUUACUCACUGUGGAACCAAUGGGAUCUAUGAAGCUAUUUACCAUGGGGUCCCUAUGGUGGGAAUUCCCCUGUUUGGUGAUCAGCAUGAUAAUAUUGCUCGUAUAAAAGCCAAAGGGGCAGCUGUUGAAGUAGACUUGCAAAGAAUGACAAGUUCCGAUCUGCUUAACACUUUGAAAGCAGUUAUUAACAACCCUUCCUAUAAAGAGAAUGCUAUGAAGUUAUCAAGAAUUCACCACGAUCAGCCUAUGAAGCCCCUGGACCGAGCAGUCUUCUGGAUUGAGUUUAUCAUGCGCCACAAAGGAGCCAAACACCUUCGGCCAGCCAUCCACAACCUCACCUGGUACCAGUACAAUUCUUUGGAUGUAAUUGGGUUCCUGCUAGCAUGCGUGGCAACUUUUAUAUUCCUGGUCACUAAAUGUUGCCUGUUUUGUUACUGGAAGUUUGGUAAAACUGCAAAGAAGAAAAAGAAAGAGUAG